AUGGCGAUGCCUCUGCGCGUUUCGCGGCCCCCCCUUCCCUGCCACCGCUCGUCGCCCGAGCACUCCUCACCUCUCCAACCGCGCUCUCCGCGGCCUCCUCUGCGCCUAACCGCUGCGCUCACCACAGCGCCUGCUGCCCUCCGCACAGCGCUCCCCCCAGCCACAUCACCGGCCGCCCCGCCUCGCGCCGUCCGCCGACCCACGGCGUGCCGCUCUGCGGCGGAAGCGGCUGGGCUGGCGUCGUUUCCGUGGGAGAACGCGGUGCCGGGGGGAGGGGCGCGGGGCGGAGAGGAGGAGUGGGGGCGGGGGAACGCGGAGGCAGUGACGGGGGAUGUGGAGGCUGACGUGGUCAUUGUGGGUGCUGGCGUGGUGGGGCUCUGCCUCGCUGACGCACUGCUGAUGUCAUCACCCGACACCAGAGUUGCGGUGAUUGAUAGUGCUUGGCCCUGUGCCGGGGCCACAGGCGCAGGGCAGGGCUACAUCUGGAUGGCGCAUCGCUCCCCGGGCGGCGUGACAUGGCAGCUAGCGGAGCACAGCAAGCGGCGGUGGGAGGAGAUGGCGGGCGGGCUGGAGGCGGACCACCGGCGCCUCACAGGCUGCACGCAGGGGCUGGGGCGCAUCAAUACAGGCAGCAUGUUGGUGCCAUCACAGCCGUCCCACACAGCCCCCCUGGAGCAGCACCACCGGGCACUGCAGCAGGCGGGGCUGUCCGCGCACCUGCUGUCCCCCGCCGCCCUGAGGGACGUGGAGCCGGCGCUGCAGGUGCCGGCUGGGUGCUCGUCCACGCUGCUGCUGCCCUCCGACUGGCAGCUCGAUGCCCGCCUGGCCAUGCACGCCCUGGUCGCUCGCUGUCGCCAGCAUGCCGCAUCGGGGCGCUACGUGGAGCUGUUUGAGGAGAGCGUCGCCUCCUUCCUCCGGGCGGCAGGAGGCGGCAGGGUGGUGGGAGUGGCGACAGGGCAGCGGAGGGUGGUGGCAGCACAGGCGGUGGUGGUGGCGACGGGCACGUGGUCGUCGGGCUUCAUUGCCCACGCCCUGCUCCACACCGCCCCUGCCUCCGCCACCACCGAGCAAGCCUCUCAGCCUGAGGAUAGUCCCAAGGAGGGCACUUCGGGUAGUUUGGGUAGCAGCGCAGCAAGCAGCACGGGUGGCUGCAGGGAGCAGGAUCCGGUGGUGCCUCAUGUGCGCCCUCGCAAGGGCUUCCUGUUGCAGCUCAAGGACGUGCCCCCCGUGCUCUCUCUGCGCCAUGCCCUCAUGGAGUUUGACUACACUGCCAACUAUGCCGCCCCCUCAGCUCCCACUGCCUCGCCUGCCACCCCACGGCCCUCUCCCAGCCCCACCACCACAGCCACCAUGCAGCCGCCCUCCUCGUCGCCGUCCCCGCCCGCUGCCAUCUCCAUGACUGCCGCGUGCGACCACCUCGGCCACCUGCUCAUCGGCAGCAGCAGGGAGCUGGCGGGCUUCAGUGUGGAGCCCCAUGCGCCCACCAUCGCUGCCAUUCUGCGCCGCACGGCCGUCUUCCUGCCCUCCCUUGCACAUCUGCUGCAGCAAGCGGAGGACGAGGCAAUAGCUGCUCGGGUGAAUGUUGUUCGCACGGGGCUGCGCCCAUAUGCACCGGAUGGGAGGCCUCUGAUUGGCCCCGUGGACUCGCUUCCAGGUGUUCUCUUUGCAUUGGGCCAUGAGGGCUCGGGCCUGUUGAUGGCCCCAGGCACAGCUGACAUGAUAAUGGCAUAUCUGGGGCGAGGCACCAUGCCUGUGGACGGCCAUCCCUUCCUCCCUCAGGGGCGUCUCCUCACACUGCAGCAGUUGCAGCACAUGCAUCCUUGA